AUGAAGGUGUUAGUAUUAAAUUAUAUUUUUUUAAUAAUGGCCUAUUGGGUCGCUCACUGUCAAGAACAACAUUGUUCCAUUGAUAGUAAAGAACACUGUGCUGAAGAAAAAGAAGUUAAUAGUUAUAACAAAGUAUUAAACAAUAAAUAUAGUAAAUAUUAUAAUGAAAUUGAAGAAGCAGAGAAAAGUUAUAAGAUUUGUAACAAUACCUACAAUGGUUGUUUUAAAGAAGUUAUUAAAAAUGACUUGAAACCUUUCAAAGAGAAAGGUAUCAAUAAGAAUUUAAUAGAUAACGCAAAAGUUAGAGGAACCUUUUACCAGAUAAUAGAAGGAAAAUUGUAUAGACAAAAAGAUUGUAUGUUUCCUUCAAGAUGUGCUGGAGUAGAAUACUUUCUUUUAAAACUUGCUUCUGGAUUAUCAAAUAUGGAUUUAGUUAUAAACGUGAGAGAUUAUCCUCAAUCAAGUAAACAUUUUGGAAAUCCUUUACCUAUUUUCUCAUUUAGUAAGACUCCACAAUAUUAUGAUAUUACAUAUCCAGCAUGGGCAUUUUGGGAAGGUGGACCUGCAAUUUCUUUGUAUCCCCGUGGCCUUGGGAGGUGGGACAAACAUUGUGUAUCUCUAGAUAAGGCUAGUGAAAGUACAUUAUGGGAAAGAAAGGAAAAUAAAGCAUUCUUUCGGGGGUCUAGGACAAGUUCAGAGCGUGAUAAUUUAAUAUUAUUAAGUCGCAAGAAAUCAAAUUUAGUGGAUGCUCAAUAUACAAAAAAUCAAGCAUGGAAGUCUGAUGAAGAUACAUUAUAUGCACCUGCAGCUUCUGAAGUUCCUUUAGAUGCACAUUGUAAAUACAAAUACUUAUUCAACUAUAGAGGUGUUGCAGCAUCAUUUAGACACAAACAUUUAUUUUUGUGUCGGUCUUUAGUAUUUCAUGUUGGAGAUGAGUGGACUGAGUUUUAUUAUGAUGCAAUGAUACCUUGGAUACAUUAUAUACCUGUUUCCAAGAAAGCUAAUCAAACAGUAUUAGAAGAAUUGAUACAAUUUGCUAUAGAUAAUGAUGAACUUUCAAAAAGAAUUGCAGAUCGUGGAAGAGAUUUUAUAUGGUAUAACUUAAAGAUAUCUCAUAUCACACAAUUUUGGAAAAAACUUCUUAGAGAAUAUUCUAAACUUUUAAGAUAUGAAACUACCUUAGAUAAAAAUUUAAUUAAAAUUGAAGGGAAGGACAGAUCUUAA